UCUGACGAGUUUGUGCUGGAGUCUCCGCGCCCCGUGGUCGCCUACAUGUCCCGCAACUUCUUCUCCCGCGGCGUGCUGAACGAGCACGACAUCCUGCGCUACAUACUGGCCAAGUACAACGUCACGCUCCGGGUGACCACCUUCGAGCGCUGGGACUACGCCUUCUUCCGCCGCAUCGACUUCAACAAGCGCGUCAAGAUGGAGUAUGUGCUUCACCCGGACCCGAACGGGCCCCACCCCGAGGACGGCUGGCCGGGCAACCCCUGGAUCUAUCAGAACACGUAUGUAGACAUGGAGCACUUUGGCCCCUACAUCGACACAGCCAUGGCGGCAGCUGGCAUCAAGCCCGUGGACAAGCCCAUCCCUGUGUCCCUCAACUGA